UAAUUCAGUCAAAUCAGCUGAUUGCCAUCGUCGUCAUUCUGCCAAAAUGGCAGGAAAUCCACGCCCCAGAGUCACCAUUUUUCGAAAUGGAAGGACUUCGGAUGGGAAGGUUAUAGCAUGUCCAGAUACGAUGGAGAGACUGAUAUUGGUUGCCAGUAACUGCCUAGGAUUAACAGCGACACAUGUAUUCACAGCACAGGGAGGUAGGAUAGAUGAUGCCUCAUUAAUCAGAGAUGAUGAAGUAUUGUACAUAUCAGAGAAUGAACCCUUUGUAGAUCCCAAAUUUAGUAGAUCAGGACAGAGUACAGUCAUGAUGUGCAGUCAUGAGAAAGCAAAUGGUGUGCAGCUGCAGAAUGACUGGAUCACAUUAAAUGUUGGUGGUAGACACUUCAUGACAAAUAGGAGGACGUUGGUCGGAAGAGAUUCAGAAAGUAUGCUGGCAAGAAUGUUUGCUGAUGAUGAUUUACCAUGGAGCAGUUCAGUUGAUCACACCGGUGCCUAUCUCAUAGACAGAAGUCCAGUCUAUUUUGAACCGCUCCUCAAUUAUUUACGACAUGGUCAGCUGAUCAUGGAUGAUGGUCUUAAUCCUUCCGGUGUACUUGAAGAGGCAAAGUUCUUUGGUAUACAGUCUUUGAUCAAGCCUUUAGAGGAAAUGAUACAGAACCGGGAGCCUCCGGGGGACCACACUCCUAUGAAACGCUGGGAGUUUAUCAGAAUGCUGCAGUGUGCUCCGUCCAAGUACGACCUCCGAUGCCAGGGUAUGAACUUUGAAGGUGCAGACCUAUCUAAGCUAGACCUGAAGUACAUCAAUUUCACCAUGAGCAACCUGUCUUCCGCUAACCUGUCUGGGGCUAACCUGUCCUACUGCACCCUAGAGAGGGCCAAUCUGUCCGGAGCCAAGCUUGACGGAGCUAACUUGAGAGGGGUGAAGAUGGUUCUUGCAAACCUGGAAAAUGCUUCGCUCAGAGGAUGCAACUUUGAAGAUCCAGCGGGCACAAAGGCUAAUAUGGAAGGGGUGAAUAUGAAAGGUGUGAAUCUUGAGAAUAGUCAGAUGGCAGGGGUCAACCUAAGGGUCGCAACUCUUAAAAAUGCCAACCUCCAGAACUCCAAUCUACGAUGGGCUAUAUUAGCAGGAACAGAUUUGGAGAACUGUAACCUGACGGGCUGUGACCUUCAGGACGCCAACCUGCGUGGUGCCAACGUGAAGAAUGCCACCUUCGAAGAGAUGCUGACACCCCUCCACAUGUCACAGAGCGUAGCAGGUAACUAUCCGUCCAGAUAGUAACUACCAGGGACCACACACUCCGCACCUCGGGACAUUCCAGUGGGCCGAUAGUCCAUGAGACCAAUAGCCGAGACUGACGGCCCAUGAGACCAACAACCAAUGUGACUGAUGAUGUUAGUCUUUAUAUGAAUCAUUGGAAAAGUUGUCAGGAAGGCUGAUAGAACAUCACUGCCGGUCUCGUACUGUAAUGUAAAUGUAGGGUUCAUGGUCUCAUGAGCAGUCUUUCUCGGGGGCCAGCAGUCUUGUGGGCCAUCGGUCUCAUCGGCCUUGUCAACUGUCGGUCUCAUGGACUGUAGCCUGGCACAUGCACCUUGCACGGACUACUCCAACCUUCAACAUUGAUUGUGUGGUUGCACCAUCAGGCACGCGGGCAUGACAACGGGGACAGCUAACAUUAUGCAUCUAGUCACCUAAUUCACCUUUGACCUAUCACCUCUGACCUUCAACUCCAGGCAACCUGGCUGCAAUAUUAUCAAUGUACGAGAAGUAGACGCUAAAGCAGUGAACUCCAAUC